CACCUCUCUCUCACACCCACACGCGCACUCACCGUCAGUGUCAGUCGCGCGCUGCCCGUGGAUGUCAGCUGGAAUCAAGAGCGUCAUUUUCCGGUAAAAUUGGACGUUUUUCAGCGGGAUUCCGGCGGCGGAGCGGCUGGACUCGGUUCGUCCGCAGAACUCACCUCCGACUCCUCACCAUCCUCUGAACUUCUGAACAUGACUCGUCUCCUUCACCGUCGUCGUGACACCGAUCACCAUGGUCGCCCAUCACCUCGGUGACCUUCCAGUCCUCCGGUUCUCUCUACUCCUGUCCAAUCAGCUGCGGGGAUGCACGUGAUGGGCAGUGUCUCUCCGGCCAAUGAGAGCGAGGGUUUGUCCUUCCAGGAGGAGGAUGUAGCCGUCGCCGUGCCGACGUCUCCUCCUCGACCUCCUUCCAGGUUUUCAGACAUCGAAGGUGACGGGACGAGAUCACAUGACCCUCCUCCUCCUCUUCUUGCCCCUCCUCCUCCACCCCCUCCUCCCCCUCUUCCCGCCCCUCCUCCCCCCCUGCUGCCCCUGCUACCCGGGCUAGGAGACCCUGCAGCCGGCCUGAGGAAGAAGAAGAGGGUGAGGAGCUUCUUCUGGAAAACCAUCCCUGAGGAGCAGGUGAGGGGGCGGGCCAACCUGUGGACUCAGGGCCCGGUGCAGCAGCGCUACCAGAUCGACGUCCGCACCAUCGAGGAACUGUUCGGUCAGAACGACGGCCAAUCGGACGCCUCGGCCACGCCCACCAGAGGGGGGAGGGGCAGGGGCUCCUUCAGAGACGCCAAAGAGGAGCUCUCCAUUCUGGACUCAAAGCGAGGGAUGAACGUUGGGAUUUUCCUCAAACAGUUCAGGAGGACCAAUGAGACGAUAGUGGAUGAUAUUCGUCAUGGCAACAGCGCGGUGUUUGGGGCGGAGCCUCUCAGAGAGCUGCUGAAGCUGCUGCCAGAGACUGAAGAGGUGAAGAAGCUGAAGUCGUUCAGAGGCGACGUCUCGAAGCUCCCAUUAGCUGAUUCCUUCAUGUACCUGCUGAUCCAGCUGCCCAGUUACGCAGUUCGGAUCGAGUCCAUGUUGCUGAAGGAAGAGUUUCCUGCAGCAUUCGACUCCAUGAAACGAGACAUAAAGAUCCUUCGUUCUGCCACCAAAGAGCUGAUGAGCUGUGAGGAGCUUCAUGCUGUUCUUCAUCUGGUGCUGCAGGCCGGAAACAUCCUGAACGCUGGAGGUUAUGCAGGAAACGCUGUGGGCUUCAAGUUGUCGUCGCUCCUGUCUCUGGCCGACACCAAGGCCAACAAACCGGGCAUGAACCUGCUGCACUUUGUCGCUCUGGAAGCUCAGAAAACAGACAAGAAGCUGUUGGAGUUUCCUCUCAGCUUGAGUCACGUCCAGUCUGCAGCCAGGAUCUCUGUGGAAACGCUGGAUGCUGACCUGCAGUGGCUAACAUCUCGCACACGCUCAGUAGAGGAGAGCGUCCAGAGAGACACUGAACUGCUGCAGCAGCUGGACGACUUCCUGCAGGACGCCACGUCAUGUCUGUGUUCGCUGCGUGGCGGCAGACAGCAGCUGCAGAAGGAGGCCAGCGAGCUGCUGGACUUCUUCUGCGAGGACAGAGACACCUUCAGGAUGGACGACUGCUUCAACAUCUUCUACACCUUCUGCUGCAGGUUCACCAGCGCUGUCAAGGAGAACGCUGAGCGCGAGGCGAAGGAAGCGGCUCGACGGCGGCGGAUUCAGGAAAUGGAGGAGCAGAAAAGGCACUCAUGGGCUGGAGGCGAGCAGGUGGGCGGGGCCUUCGGGCUACGCUGCAGCAGUGAGACGGACAUGUCGGCCGCCGUGACCCGACAGAACGAUGCAGGGCUGCUGAUGGAGCUCCUGACGCCGAAGCCCCGCCCCCGCUCACCCCUCAACACCCCCAACAGUUCUCAGGGGCGUUCAGGGAGCUUACGGCGGUCCAGGAACUCUCCGUCCAGCUCGCCGUCUCUUGCUGCCGAGUUUGAACUGAGCAUGCUCCUGGAAAUGGCGAGCGCUGACCGCACAGUCGCUCAGCAGAGAGGCAGAGAUAUGAGGACAGUUUUCCCAUCAGCCUCGCCUGAACCUGGAAGAACUCAACCUCAGAAAACCUCCGUUGGUCCAGAAACCACAAACCAUGCAACCACUUACCUCCGCCUCAACGCUGCACAAACUCAGCCUAUCGCCUCUGAUCCCGCUGAUGAAGCUACAGUCACACCUACCUCCAACCAAAACCAGCAGUCUGACCACAACAACAACACCCACAAUGCUCUUGGUGGCACUUUGAGCAGCUGGGCAACACCUGGACGCCAUCAGAGCCUCUCUGGUUUAAACAGAGAAACAUCUGGAACAAAUAAAACUGAUCAGGUCAUUAGUCAUGAAAAGACGCUUGAACGCAGCGCCGCUCUGACACAAAACAUGUCUGUGGUCGUGGAGAAACGCAUGCUGGUUCCUCAGCUCAGAGUGUUUGAUGAUUCCAGCUGCAGUGACGACCAUCAUCAAGGCAACGCCAGAUCUACAGAUCUGGAGAAAACCCAGCAGACUGGAGAUGCAGAAAAAUCUGCUGAGACAGAGUCGUCCUCAUCUCAGAGGGAGGAGGACGAGGACAAGGUGGUUGUUUGGUGUGUGACGGGCGUCUGUGAGGCCACCGCCGACACUCACAGCCCUCCGACCAAUGAGGAGCCGAGCACCAAUCAGAGAGGAGAGCAGCGAGUUUCCUGUGCCACAGCCAAUCACAUGCCUUCAGAGCCUCAGCCAGCCAAUGAGAAGCCAGUGCCUGAACCCAUCAGCAGCCAACCGGUGCCUUCCUCCCGCUGUGACGACGCAUCGCUCCCCGUUUCUUCCUCCAGGUGGCGCCCAUCAGAGCCGGCAUCAGUAGCUACUGCGUCCACCGAGGAAGGUAACGAAACGGCCAGUCAGGGGGAAGAAGCAAAGGGUUUCACCAAUCAUGACACGAGGAAAAAGAAGACGGCCAAUGAAAAUAAAAAAGCAGCUUCCUCCUCCAAACCUGUGACCCCAAACAGCUCCUCUCCAGCGGGCAGGUCGCUCCGGACCCUCACCGACUCUGAGAAGCAGGGCAUGAGGCGGGUGGUCCCCAUCUCCAGAACCAGCCGAGGGGCUCCGCCUCUGGUCAGACGUCCUGAGAUCCCUCCCUCCAACAGCCGGGGCUCCACACCGCCCACAAACCUCAGCAGAGCCUCCAUCCGACGGGGAGAAAGACCAGCGACGGCGCCGUCAUCCCGACGAUCCAGCAUCAACAAGGCACCAGACCCCAAAGACCCAAAGGACCAGAAGGUUCCAGGAGCUCCGGUGUCCAGCCGAGACCAGAACCAGGACUUGCACAGGAAGCCGUCCGUCCGAAAGCCCGUAAUAAAAACCAAACCAGCGCCGGAGGAGAAGAUGUGUCGGUCCACGCUGCGAGCGCUAACCCAGGGUGGAGGCAGCCUCAGUGCUCCUGCUACUCCUCUACAUAAAACCUCCUCGGCGCUGCCAGGCUUCGCCCGAAACACCGCCUCCUCCUCCUUCAGACGGACCAGCACCACCCUCACUACUCCUCCUCCUCCUCAGUUACCCCACGCUGCCUCCGACUCCUCUGCUAAAUCCUCCCCAAAGACCUCCACAUCUUUCACCCGAACAGGCUCUCUGAGAGUCUCUUCCUCCAAACCCUCGGAUCUCCUCAUGCCGUCCUCCUCAUCCCCGCUGAGGAGCAUCAGGUCGUCUCCUCACAGCGGACGCAAAGACAGCUUCUCUGACAAAUCUACGCACUCGAAGGACUCGGGUAAACCCAGCAGGCCGAGCUGGAGAUAACGGGAAGUUCAUCAGCGACUCCUGCAGUCUUUACGCUCAACAUGAAGAAAAGCCUCAAGUGUAGCUGGAGAAGGACGUUCGGUCACCAGAGGGUGGUUCUGUCCGGUUGGAGAACUUUCAGGAUCUCACUGAAGGUGAACUGGAUCCUGAUGGAGCAGCACCAGCAGCAACAUGGACGUUUUAUCAGAACAUCAGCAAAGUAACACUCAGUAUCUGCACAUAAAGAGUCCCAAACGGAUUCUAUUUUACUGAUGGAACACAGUUCAGGUACAGUGGAGUUGUUGAAGUCAAUCCAGUUUAUCUGCUGAAUGUCUCCACAGUCUGGAAACAUGAAGAACCUGCUGCCACAAGAUGUCUGGAUGGACGAGAGGCUUCAUUAAUUAGCCUCCUAUGCAUUAAAACGACCACAGAGGCCGUGUUCUGGUGCAUUCCAGGAUUAUAUUCCAAUAUUAAAUACGACAGACACUUUAAUGUCCUCAGGAAAGACUGCGUUUUACAGGUUUAAAGACAUAUUAUCUUUAAAACGUACGAAAUGAUUUCGCUCAUCAGCCAGAAACUGUACAAACUGAAAGAAUCAUCAGUUUUCCAGCUUUCUGACGGUCCUUGAACUACCCAGAGGUGACUUUCGGGGAGCUUAAAAUCAGGAUAUUUGGUCAAAACCACUUCAUUCUACAAGCCUUGAUUAAAAGCUUGACAAAAAUGACCCAAAAUAAGCAAAAUUCCAGCUGAUUCUUCACGAGAGAGUUUUCAGAUGAACUGCAGGCAGUGUUUCCACACAGCAGAAGAGGAUUGUUACAUAAACUCAAGCAAAUCUGAUCAAACUUCCUCUUCAGAAUCAGCCGAUUCUUCAUCCACCGUCACUUUAUAUUUUCAGAGCUGCACGUCCCUUAAAUGCACAGAAAUGGGUCAAAAAUUGUCAUUUUUUUAUUACUUUAAUCGAAUCACAUUGAGCAUAAUCAACCCUGAAAUUAUCUCCUGUCGAAAAUCACCGUGACGACGACUUCUGUGGAGGUUAAUGACCUCUAAUCAGAGCUGAUUGGAUCAUUUCUGGUCACUAAAUUUGUUUCAGUACAUCCCCAGUUAUAGGCUCUUUUGCGCCUCGUUUUUUGUCGUUUUCUGCCUCAUUUUGUCGUUUUGUGUCUCAUUUUCUCAGUUCUAGAUUCUUAAAAUGCAACCUGUGAUCGGUCAGAACAUUUCAGUCAUUUCUGCUGUUUUCUGUCAUGCUUGUUUCCAGAAUUCUGUAAUAUUCUAAAAUAUCUGCACAGUUUUGUACAUUUAAUCUGAACUGAGAGAUGAGGUUUUCGUGUUUAAAUGCCUUUUUUGAUUCUUAUCGUGCACCUUUAGCGUCACUAACCGAGCUGAAGAAUCUCUGUAAAUCAGGCCUGAUUCACAUAGAAAGUAUAAAUAUUGUUGUAAUUAAUCUGUGAGAAAACUUAUGGAGACGACGAGAUGUUUGAAGAGUCUCUGAUUCAAACCAACAGUGUCUGACUGAGUUCAGUGCCAAGGACGUUUGUUUGUUCCUCUAUUUAUGUAUUAAUCUGUCUAAUUAAUAAAUAAAGUGGUAUUAAUCUUCA